GUCGACGUCGACCGCCCUCACACCAGAUCCGGCUCCUCCAUGGCGAGGGACCCGUCCUGCUCCGUCUACGUAGGCAACUUGGAUGAGAAGGUACCUGAAAAGGUCUUGUAUGAGAUUCUUAUCCAGGCAGGUCAUGUAGUAGACCUAUACAUACCCUGUGAUUUCGAAACUGGCCGUCCCAAAGGUUUUGCUUUUGCCCAGUAUGAGACUGAGGAAAUCGCUCAGUACGCUGUUGGGCUUUUUUCAGGACUUGUUCGUCUUAAUGGUAGAACACUCAAAUUUGGGCUUUCUGGACAAGACAAACCCUCGUCAAAUGGCAAUAAUCCAGUAAUGCCUAAACUCAACCCUAUACCAUUACCAAAGCAGCCUGAGUUUGUGCAUCCUAGUGAUAUGCUUGUGUCCCAUAAACCAGCAUAUCCGGUGGUGAAUGGCGCGAUUCCACAUAACGGCUUUUCACACACUUAUUACCCUUACAACGUUAACCCUCAAGCAUUGCCAACUGAACCUGUGCAUGAGAACAGACCGUUUGUCCACGGUACGUAUGACUACAGCAGUCGUGCAUAUAGUUCUGCUCUGAUUGCUAGCUAUGGAGGUUAUGCUGUUAAUGCCGUUGGUCAUGGAGCUCCGAGGCAGCCAAUCAUGUACCCAUCCUACUAGGCAGUAGGCACCAAAGAGUCGAAUCUGGUAUGCAAAGUAGGCAGGUUGAACGUAGCAUGUUAGCUUCCUAAAUUCUCAGUAGCAUCUUGGUUGUACUUUGUAUUCAUGCAUGUAAAUAUAGCCUACUAAAUCCAUGUUGUUAAUGGUAAGUUCGUAACAGAAGGCUCUCACCUGAAGAUAGCCAUGUACGUUGUACUCUAUCCGUGUCUCAAAGAUAGCCUAGUACUGUAGUACAUCUUCCUCGUCCCGGGAAAAUAAAGAAAUCCAACGUUGUGGUCCUUUGUGCACCCUUUUUAAAUUAACUCACGAAUCAAUGAUCAUAUCCAUUGAUGAUUUGACUUA